AUGCCGCGCGCCUCGUCGACUCGCUCCUCCCUUCCCCGGGGCCAGGCGGCAAUCAACGCCUUCACGAGAACGACUAAGCCGGGAAUCGCUCCCCCCAAGACCCUUCUCGAUGGCAGCGGCGAUGGGAAGCAGGUCACCACGACACCAGCACCCACUCUCCCGGUCUCGCCUUCCAAGAAACGCAAACUGAAUGAGCUGGAGAAUGUCGACUGCGGGAGGGGAACUACGACGGAAGAUUCGGCUGUCUCGACUCCCAUUGGUCUAGGCAAGGAGGAACAGGGUGGUUCUUUGGGUUUGAAGCCGGCGAAAUCUAUCCGUCGGACGGUGUCGUGCACGCCGAGAAGUGGCCAUUAUGCGUCCUCGACCUCGACUUCCGAGCGUGUUACUCGAGCAGGGGUGGGAAAGAGAACUGUCUCUGCGUCAGCAGCAGCACCACCGUCGCCCGUGAAAAGGGCCUCUUCGGUUCGGAAGAGCAAUGUUCAGCUUCCCGAGCCGGUGCUGGAGGUCAGGCCUGCGUGUGUGGCCGAAUUGUUGAAUCUACAUGCGGCGUUCGUCAAGGCGUUGACUAUUCAUGCCGCGCAUUGGGGUCCUGGCGUCCCGGCUGACUUGCGUGAUUUCUUGCACAGCGUGGAGCGUCUGUGGAAGAAGCGAAAGGUCGUCGUGGGGGAUUUGCAGCGCUUGGUGUGGAUCUGGGAACAGGUGCAUGUACAGCAGCAGUCGACGACGACGGGCCCACGGUUUCGAUUGGCGAAUUACGGACUGGGAAAGAUUUGUUUGGAGAGGAUGUCGAAGAAGGAAGGGCGCGUGGAUCCUGUCAACGAAACUGAGCUCCAGGUGCAAUUCGAGCAGGCCGUGGAGUUGCUGUGGGAGAAGGCGCUGGAUGCGGCUGGCGGGGAUGAGUCCCGCGUCGAUUUUAUGGCGACGCUGGGCUCGUCGGUGAUUCAUGAGUCGCUGGCGCCGUUGUCGACGUUCCGUAAGGGGCAGCAGCGGUUGCAGGAUCUGAAGGGCGGAGUGAUUAAGCUGAAGACGGAGAGGAUGCGCAAGACGGACUCGGAGGAGACGCAGACCCCCGUGAAGACGCAGUCCGCUACGACGUCGCGCAAAAUGGGGCUGCUGGAUCGCAUCAAGGAGAAGGCCUUGCGGCAGUCGAAGCUGCCCCCGCCACCGUCGAAGGAGAUGAUCAUGCGGGGAGCAGCGGCGCAGCGGACCGAGGAGGUGGUCGGCGUGCUCUCCCAGUUGAGACCGGCGGGUUACGUGGGAACUGGUCCCUCGGCGGUGGUGGCUGCUCAGCGGAAGCCGUUCCAGCUGGGGAUGAUUGUGCAGAACGUGCAGGAUUCCGUAAGGAACCCGAUCUCCGAAAAGGAGGUGGAGGUGUGUUUGGAGAUUUUGUCGCGGCCCGACAUUGCUGGCCAAUGGGUCAACUUCGUCACCGUGAAUCAUAUCAAAUCGGUGGUGUUGAAGUCGUGUUCCGACGUCAACCCCAAGGAGAUCGGGGCAAAGGUGUCUCAAUUGAAGAUCGGACCGGGAGAGACGGUCCCUGUUCCCGGGGCUUGA